AGGCGCAGCUCUGGGCAGAGGCACCUGCACCGGAACCUGCGCCUUUCUCCGACGGGACACACUGAAGGUGAUAAAGAACUCCAUCGGCUCCUCAUGGCCUACCCGGGCUUCGGUGGAGGGUAUGGAAACUUUAGUGGUCAGAUCCCAGGAAUGCAGUUGGGACAUUUGGUCCCAGGGACAUGUCCACCCCUACUUGUUGGUGGCCCUCCUGGAUAUGCAGCAUACUCACAUGGCAGUGACCCCAUGUGGACUUACUUCACUGCGGUGGCUGGACAGGAUGGUGAAGUGGAUGCUGAAGAACUUCAGACAUGUUUGACCCAGUCUGGAAUUAGUGGAACUUAUUCUCCUUUCAGUUUGGAAACAUGCAGAAUUAUGAUCGCCAUGUUGGAUAGAGAUUACACAGGAAAAAUGGGAUUUAAUGAAUUCAAGGAGCUUUGGGCAGCUCUUAAUGCCUGGAAGCAGCACUUCAUGGCCAUUGAUGAAGACCGAAGUGGGACAGUAGAGCAUCACGAACUGAGUCAAGCCAUUGCAGUGAUGGGGUACAGGUUGAGUCCUCAGACAUUAGCUGCUAUUGUUAAACGUUACAGCAAGAAUGGCAGAAUUUUCUUUGAUGAUUAUGUUGCCUGCUGUGUGAAGCUUCGAGCAUUGACAGAUUUCUUUAGGAGAAGAGACCACCUGCAACAAGGCUUUGUGAAUUUCAUGUAUGAGGAUUUUUUGCAGGGCACUAUGAUGAUUUGAAUGCCUAGAACUUGAAAGCUGCAGAGAUACUGUGAAUCCCUUUAUUCUGGAGAAAUGAACUGGACUGCCUUAAAUGAAAGUUUUAGGGCUUUUAAUGUUCUACUUGUUAAUAAAUAUCUUCACUUCCUGUAUGUUUUUGCUUUAAAACACAGCUAAAAGCAAUAGCAGAUGACUUUAAUUGAUACUUCAUUGCUUUUACAAAAGUUAUCGCUGUAUAAAUAUCAUCAAUUUCCAUCAAUACUUCUUAACCUUAGUUAAUAUACUCAUAUGAUAGAUUGUAUAAGAAAGCAUAUGAUAAAAGCUAGCUGAAAUGAUUUAUUUAUUUGAAAGUUACAAAUUAUAUUUUUGAAUUUUAUUUUUAGUUGUGGUUAUUUAAGAGUUAGAAAUAUGGAUUUGGUGCCAUCUUUGUAAUAAUUUUUUUUCUUAUGGAUAGUCUGUGGCUUGAAUUCAGGGCCUGGACAUUUUCCCUGAGCUUCUUUUGUUCAAGGCGAGCACCCUAACACUUGAGCCACAGCUCCAAUUCUGGCCUUUUCUAUUUGUAUGGUACUGAGGAAUUAAACCUAGGGCUUCAUGUAUGCUGGGCAAGCACUCUACCACUAAGCUACAUUCCCAGCCCAACAUUUAACCUUUGAUCACAUAAUCAAAGAAGAUGAGACUAUAAGUGUGCCUAUGAGGAAGAAAAUUAUAGUUUCUCAAAAUUUGUACUUCUUUGAGCCUAGUGCAUUUUUUUUUAUUCUUUGUGCAUAUUUUCUUUCAAUGUACUUUGUCCUCUGUGGAAACAAAAAAGGAAGUGCUUCUUGUUUAACUGAAGU